AUGGUCUCCGUGCAGGUGUCUCCGCUACCCCAGAUGCUGAUCCUGGUCCUCCUCCUUCCUCAGGCACUGCCAGCCGGUGUCUUCGAGCUGCAGAUCCUAUCUUUCGGGCCAGGCCCAGGCCCCGGGACCCCACGGUCCCCCUGCGACGCCAGAGGCCCUUGCCGCCUCUUCUUCAGGGUCUGCCUGAAGCCGGGAGUCUCCCAGGAGGCCGCCGAGUCCCUGUGCGCCCUGGGCGCGGCGCUGAGCACGCGCGGCCCCAUCUACACUGAGCAGCCUGGAGCGCCCGCGGCUGCCCUGUCGCUGCCCAACGGCUUUGUACGUGUGCCCUUCCGCGACGCCUGGCCGGGCACCUUCUCCCUCAUCAUUGAGACCUGGAGAGAGCAGCUGGGCGAGCAUGCUGGAGGGCCCGCCUGGAACCUGCUAGCACGAGUGGCCGGCCGCAGACGCCUGGCAGCUGGGGGCCCGUGGGCCCGCGAUGUGCAGCGCGCAGGAGAGUGGGAGCUACACUUCUCCUACCGCGCGCGCUGCGAGCCGCCCGCCGUCGGGGCGGCCUGCGCUCGCCUGUGCCGCUCACGCAGCGCCCCCUCGCGUUGUGGCCCGGGACUGCGCCCCUGCGCUCCAUUCCUAGCCGAGUGCGAAGCCCCGCCCGUUUGUCGAGCCGGUUGCAGCCUCGAGCACGGCUACUGUGAAGAGCCCGCUGAAUGUCACUGCCUAGAGGGCUGGACUGGACCUCUCUGCACGGUCCCUGUCGCCACCAGCAGUUGCCUGAACUCCAAGGUCCCAGGACCUCCCAGCCCUGGAUGCCUUUCACCCGGGCCUGGGCCCUGUGAUGGGAACCCAUGUGCCAAUGGAGGCAGCUGCAGUGAAACCCCUGGCUCCUUUGAAUGUGCCUGCCCCCGGGGAUUCUACGGGCUUCGAUGUGAGGUGAGCGGGGUGACAUGCGCAGAUGGACCCUGCUUCAAUGGCGGCUUGUGUGUUGGUGGCGAAGAUCCCGGCUCUGCCUAUGUCUGUCAUUGCCCACCUGGUUUCCAAGGCUCUAACUGUGAGAAGAGGGUGGACCGGUGUAGCCUGCAGCCAUGUCAAAACGGUGGCAUCUGCCUGGACCUGGGCCACGCGCUGCGCUGCCGCUGUCGCCCCGGCUUCGCGGGGCCGCGCUGCGAGCACGACCUGGACGACUGCGCCGGCCGCGCCUGUGCCAACGGCGGCACGUGCGUGGAAGGCGGCGGCUCGCGCCGUUGCUCGUGCGCACUGGGCUUCGGCGGGCGCGACUGUCGCGAACGCACCGACCCCUGCGCCUCCCGGCCCUGCGCGCACGGAGGCCGUUGCUACGCUCACUUCUCCGGUCUGGUCUGCGCCUGUGCGCCGGGCUACAUGGGCGUGAGAUGCGAGUUCGCCGUGAGCCCCGAUGGCGCGGACGCGGUGCCCGCAGCCCCACGACGCCUGAGGCAGGCUGACCCGCAGCGCUUCCUUCUGCCUCCCGCCUUGGGGCUGCUGUUGGCGGCGAGUUUGGCCGGCGCCUCACUUGUGUUUGUUUACGUGCGCCGCCGAGGCCCUGGCCAGGAUACUGGGGUUCGCUUGCUGUCUGGGACCGGGGAGUCUUCGGUCCACACGCUCCCCGAUUCACUCGACAACCUGAGAUUACAAGACGGUGCCGGGGAUGGCCUCAGUUCGUCAGCUGACAGAAAUCACCCCGAAGAUGGAGACUCUCGAUCCAUUUAUGUCAUACCGGCCCCCUCCAUUCACGGUCGAGAGGCCUGA